GGGAUGAGGAUCUGUCUGUUUCCACCGGCAGAGGCAGGGCAGCUACCAGGCAAGCAGCCUCCCGGAGCACAAUGCCCCAGCCCUGAUGGAGCUGGUGCGGGAGAAGGAGGAGAGGAUCCUGGCCCUGGAAGCGGACAUGACCAAGUGGGAGCAGAAGUACCUGGAGGAGAGUACGAUCAGGCACUUCGCCAUGAAUGCCGCGGCCACUGCUGCAACGGAGAGGGACACCUCAGCCCCAAGCCACUCACGCAAUGGCAGCUAUGGUGAGAGUGCACUGGAGGUGCGGGGCUGGCAGGAGGAGGAGGAGAUCGUGCAAGCCAACCGGCGCUGCCAGGACAUGGAGUACACAAUAAAGAAUCUCCAUGCCAAAAUAAUUGAGAAGGAUGCCAUGAUCAAAGUCCUUCAGCAACGGUCACGGAAGGACCUUGGGAAAGCUGACAGUGCCAGCCUACGACCGGCUCGGUCCGUCCCCUCCAUUGCUGCUGCUGCGGGUGUGCAUUCACGCCAGACCUCGCUCACCAGCAACCAGAUAGCUGAGGAGAAGAAGGAAGAGAAGGUCUGGAAGGGAAGCAUAGGACUGCUCUUGGGGAAGGAGCACCAUGACCAUCCGUCAGGGCCCUCACUGCCUCCUCCCCUGCCCUCCUUGUCCUGCAUGCCCAUCCCAGCGCCGGCGGCCUCCCAUGCAAAGACAGGCAGCAAAGACAGCAGCACCCAGACGGACAAAAGCGCCGAGCUCUUCUGGCCUGCCACUGCCUCCUUCCCUGGCCGUGGACGGCUGGGUACCACCCCAUCACACAGCCCGGCCCCACGGCCCCCGGGGACACGAGGGACCGGCGAGAGACUGGAGAACUCCAGCCACGGGAAACUGCCCGACAGCAAAGGCAGAGUGAGCAGCUUGCUCCACAAGCCUGAGUUUCCAGAUACAGACAUGAUGGAAGUCCUCAUCUGAGCAGAGGACAGCAUCUCUGGGGAUUUGUGUGCAUACAGCCAGGUCCGAGAUGGUCCCUGGUGUGCAACCCUUAAGAACUAACCCUGAGAGUCUGAAGAAAGAAACGGAAAGUUUGUGCCCAAAACAGAGCUUGAGUCUGGUAUGUUGAGACUUUGGACCAGGCAAGGAGUAAAGGGUGCUGAAGAGGAGCGAUGAAACGAACAUAUGGGGUUUUCUGAGAAGGAAGGGGCAUUGAAGAUGGAAAAUGGCAUGAGAAGGGGAUCAUUGAGGGAAAAGGAAACUGCAUUUUCUGGUGUAAAGAGAAGGUAUCGAAGUUACAGACUGGGUGCAUACUGCUGCUCUGUUUUCCUGCCUCUCUGCAGCUGGGACAGGGAGUGAAAUCCAGGCUCUUCAGAGGCCAGAAGGAGUUUGUGAAUAACCCACGAGAAACUCGCAUCUUCCUCAGUAUCAGUUAACUUCUCUAAAGUAUUUGCUGCUUAAUCUCUGUGAAUAAUUGGUCCUUAGGUGUACACGGGAGGCUCUUGUGAGUAUGUGUUUGAAGUGGCGUGGUUUUCCUGGGCAGGCAGGUCAGGUGCCUCUUUCCUGGCUGGACAAGUGUUGCUCUUGGAGCUGGAUCUACAGGGCAAAUAUUCGUGUCUUGCAAUCCCGGAGCCUGCUGAGAAUUCUGGUUUUGGUAGGAGCAGUUGUUGGCUGGAAUUCCCAUGGAGGAUGAAUGUAGAGGGGGGAGGAGGGCCUGCUGAAGCAAUGGGAAGGCUCCAGGAGGGAAGGUCGGGGGAGGAUCUUAGCAGCUCCCUGAAGGGCUGUGUGUUGCAUUCAGAGGGGUGUGUGUUUUCAGUGGAGUUAAGCUGGGUUUGCUUGUGAAGAUGCCUCUUACCAUGCACUGGUUUGCAGUAGUGGAAGAGUCAGUGUGUUCGUGGUAAGAAUGGGCUUUUACCUUAUUCUCAAUGCCUACAGCCAAAUCCUACCUUCCUUGAGAAUACAAACCUCCUAUUCAAGCUGACAUGGGGCUGGGCAUUAAGGGGUGUAGGAUCAGGCCAGGAUGGGUUUAACUGCAAAGUAGUACAUGAGCAUCCUCCUGUUUGCUGUGCUGAGCUGCAGUUUCUUCCCAGCUUGUUUUGCCCAGGGUGGAAUAUGGGUCAUUUUCAGCUCAGUCCCUGAUUCCUGUAAGAGGUAGUGACUGUGUAAGGCAGCCAACUCCCCAGCUGUGUUAUUUGUGGCAUGCCAUUUGCUUCGUGCAUUGCACAUGCCAAUAGGGAAGUUUUCCUCUGUAAAGUGUUUUUGUAUUGGCUUUGCCGUUCCUGAACCUCGUGGUGCACUGAGAAGACCUUGUCUUUGGGAGAAAGGGGGAUGGGGUUUUAUGUGAAGCUGCCAAGAGUGGAAGAGUGAUGGGUGCUGGAAGUAACUGUGUGCUCAGGGAUAACUCAAGGCCACCUCUUCUUGUAGGUAUUAAAUCAGAGCCCUCGACUGUGAAAACACCAGGCACUUUAAACUCUGCUUUCACUGAAAACUGAAGUCCUCAAAGCCUUCAGGGGCCAGAGCCAUGCACUCAACACUGCCUAGCUGAUGCCUUUGGCAUUUCAAAACCAAUUGCUAUGUUAAAUCUAUGCACUUACUUUCGUGUGUACAUAGAAUUAGAUGUGUCGAUGUCUCUCUCUCCCUGAUCUUUGCACUUGUUAAAGUAGUGGUAGGCAGGUUGUGCAGGCAAGUGAGCUGUGCGUUUCAAGUAUUAGCAGCUUUGCAUUGUGAAACCAAACGUGUAAAACCCUUGGAAGAUGUUAUGCAGCUUAAUAUAUGCCGUGUAAAAUGGGUAUGUUGGGUUUGUGUUUUUCUCUAAACUUAAAUGUUGUGUUUGCAUAAAAGCCAGGCCCAUGAGUGGCAUCAGUGCUGACCCACCUCUGUGGCCCUUCCUCAAAGGUCUGUGGUAGGAAGAGGACAAGAGGAAGCAAAACCAAGGGAGUACAGUGAUGAAUAUUUCAUUUGAUUUCAUCAUGUUUCUCCAGGAAAUAAGGAUACCGAGGUGCUUGGAAGCCCUCAAGCAUUCUAUUACCAGCUGAAUGAUUUCUUUUGAUGGAGCUGUUUAACAGGGUGUGUGCAGGCAGACAGCUGGGCAUCCAGCAGAAUCAGUGUGGGAUCAGUGUGCAUGAUGUGGCUUUCGAUUAUGCUUGGUGGUGAUUCAGCUCCGCUUUCCCAAGUCAGCUAGAGUACAGCACUCCUCCUUCUCCUCGUGGAGACCACGGUCCCUCCAGUUCCUGCUAUCCAAAGGUGUGUCUACAAUUGAUGUUGCCCCCACAUUCAUGGUCACCUACAGGCAGCUGCUCAUGGGAGACAAUGGGGUAGUCAACUCCUGUUGUCGGCAACAGCUCCAAUAAACCCAAAGCUUCAUUCUGCUUUAUCAUGUUGAACUCAAGAGACAUUAGUUUUCCUGGAGGGAACGUCUGGAGGGCCAGUGGGUCUCCCCUCAGCCCGAGCACUAGCAGGACCUGCAUGGAGUACUACUGCCAUGUAUCAGCCCCUCUCAGCAGAGCAUCACAACUCCAUUUGUGCUGGUUUUCCCAGCUCUUGGAACUGUUUUGUGUUUUGGGAAACUGUGCUGUAGCCAUUCCAGGUGACGUUGGUAACUAGUUGUGAAAUACUGUCUUUUUUUGUUGUUGUUGGUUGUAUAGGGAAGUGGGUGUACAGUGUUGUACAGCUGGAGGGUUACUUGUACAUAAGGGGGGAAGUGAGGAACGUUAUGUGUCACCCCCAGCAAAUAUUGAUAUUGUUGGUCAGCCAAAGAUUUCGUAUUGUUUGCUGUUUAAACUCGUGCCUUAAUAUUGUAUAUAAUAAAUGUAUAAACACGUUUAUUUUC